AUGGCCGCAGUGGACGUGAACCAGGGCAUCACCGGCCACAAGACGGCCACCAUUCGCAACUACAACACUCAGCCGCGUCUGAUCUACAAGACCGUGGUUGGUGUGAACGGUCCGCUCGUCAUCCUCAACGACGUCAAGUUCCCGCAGUUCAACGAGAUUGUCAACAUCACCCUCCCCGAUGGCACCAAGCGCUCCGGCCAGGUGCUCGAGAUCACCCGCAACAAGGCCGUCGUCCAGGUCUUCGAGGGAACGUCCGGAAUUGACGCCAAGAACACCAUCUGCGAGUUCACCGGCGACAUUUUGCGCACGCCCGUCUCGGAGGACAUGUUGGGCCGUAUCUUCAACGGAUCCGGAAAGCCCAUUGACAAAGGGCCGCCCGUCCUUGCCGAGGACUUCUUGGACAUCAACGGCCAGCCGAUCAACCCGUGGUCCCGUAUCUACCCCGAGGAGAUGAUCCAGACCGGAAUCUCGGCCAUCGACGUCAUGAACUCCAUCGCCCGUGGGCAGAAGAUCCCCAUCUUCUCCGCCGCCGGUCUGCCCCACAACGAAAUUGCCGCCCAGAUUGUGCGACAGGGAGGUCUCGUCAAGCUGCCCGCCUCGGAGCGCAAGCACGGCACCGGCGAGGACGCCAACUUCGCCAUCGUGUUCGCCGCUAUGGGUGUGAACAUGGAGACUGCCCGCUUCUUCAAGCAGGAUUUCGAGGAGAACGGUUCGAUGGAAAACGUGUGCCUGUUCCUGAACUUGGCCAACGACCCGACCAUCGAGCGUAUCAUCACCCCGCGUCUCGCCCUCACCGCCGCCGAGUUUUUCGCCUACCAAUGCGAGAAGCACGUGCUCGUCGUGUUGACCGACAUGUCCUCGUACGCUGAGGCUCUGCGUGAGGUGUCUGCCGCCCGUGAAGAGGUGCCCGGUCGUCGUGGUUUCCCCGGAUACAUGUACACCGAUUUGGCCACCAUCUACGAGCGUGCCGGUCGUGUCGAGGGUCGUGACGGUUCGAUCACCCAGAUUCCCAUCCUUACUAUGCCCAACGACGACAUCACUCACCCUAUCCCCGAUCUGACGGGAUACAUUACGGAGGGACAGAUCUACGUCGAUCGUCAGUUGCACAACAGACAGAUCUACCCACCAAUCAACGUGCUCCCCUCGCUGUCGCGUCUCAUGAAGUCGGCUAUUGGAGAGGGCAUGACCCGAGAAGACCACUCGGACGUCUCGAACCAGCUGUACGCUUGCUACGCCAUCGGCAAGGACGUGCAGGCGAUGAAGGCCGUCGUCGGAGAGGAAGCCCUGUCGGCUGACGAUCUCCUCUACCUCGAGUUCCUCAUCAAGUUUGAGAAGAACUUCAUCGCCCAAGGCAACUACGAGAACCGGACAGUGUUCGACUCGCUGGACAUUGGCUGGCAACUGCUGCGCAUCUUCCCCCGCGAGAUGCUGAAGCGUAUCCCCGAGUCGACGCUCGACAAGUACUACCCACGUGGAGGAGCCGGAGGAGAUAAGCAG